AUGGCAGCAAGCCUCCAGCUGCACUCCGUGAGGAAGAGGGACGUCCAGACGCGGUCCCACGUGGAGCGCUUACCCCUGUGGAGGUUCACAGACUCCCCAGCCGAUGGCAGACUGCUGGUUUACCGCUCGGACGACAUUAAGAAUCUGAGCCGCAUCUUCUCUCCGAAAGUGUGCGGUUACAUCCACGCGGAGGCUUCAGACCUGCUGCCACAGGCUUCCAGGAGGGAUGGGGACGGGCAGGAGGAGGAGGUCCAGGAAGGGGUGUCCCACCACAGAGAGAAGAGACAGACUCAUGAUCACAAGAAGAAUACCUGCCCCCUCUUGCUGGUGGCAGAUUACCGUUUCUUCAAACACAUGGGCCGCGGACAAGAGAGCGUCACUCUCAACUACCUGAUUGAGCUGAUCGAUCGAGUAGAUGACAUUUAUAGGAACACAACCUGGGACGAUGAAUUCAAAGGCUACGGGGUCCAGAUCAAUCAGAUCACCAUCAACAACGAGCCUACAAAGCCUCCCGGUGGCCAUGCUGCCACAGGCUGGGUCCACUAUAACAUGGAGAACAGCCCCGUCAAAGGAAAAGAGGUCUGGGACGUAAAGAAGCUUCUGGAGGUAAGAACGCAGGACCAGGUCUCCGCUCACAGCGAUGGGGUACAUGACGAACUUCCCCCCGUGGUCGUCACUGGGAGCGCAGCAAGGGACGUUGUCGGGAUCGUGCUCCGCUCCAAAAUUAUGGGCGAGCUCGUGAGUGGUCACCAAUACCAACAGGUGGGCCAGACACACGGUGGAGGCGUUGUCAGCCAAGUCUGAGCUCAAUUGCUGAGGGAGAAGAGGAGAGCAAUUAUGGUGUGUCCCCCUUUUUACUUCUAAAGGACUUUUUUCCAACAGUGAAUCACGUCUGAAAAAAUAACCAAUGUUCUGAAUGUACUUGAAAGUAUUGGUCUACUUAAAAAAACAUAGUUUACAGAAGGUCUACUUACCUAUAGGCUACCUGAAUUUCUGAAAGUACUAUAUUUCUAAAUAUGCUAUUUCUACACUUGUCUGCUGGAAUUGGUUGAACAAAAAUAAAAAUCCAUGUGAAAAAAAUUACU